GCCAGCUCCACUUGUGCUAACUGGGCUGCGUCCUAAAAUGCCACCCCCAGUGGACCCCUUCCCAGAGCCUUCAGUGGCCCCCUCCCCAAGAGAACCUCCACGUGAAGGCUCAGAGGGAAGUGACUGGCCAAGGAAGACUACGGGGCCUAGAGAAAAUGUCUUCCAUCUCUAGGUUGCACUUUUCUUUUAGAAGGUUUCCCUGGGACAUUCACUCUCCAGCAGUGAAGCCUUGACACUCAGGAUGAACCUGUCUAACGCCACAGUCGUGAUGCCCUUGCUGACCAAGCUGUGGCAGGGGACGGUUCAACCCGGCAGCAAUGCGUCCAGCUUGGCCCGCAGGUCCCUGGGCCAUGAUGACGGCAAGCUGGCGGCACUCUACAUCCUCAUGGUGCUCGGCUUCUUCGGCUUCUUCACCCUGGGCAUCAUGCUGAGUUACAUCCGCUCCAAGAAACUGGAGCACUCCCAUGACCCGUACAAUGUGUACAUCGAGUCUGACACUUGGCAGGAUCAGGACAAGGCGUACUUCCAGGCCCGGAUUCUGGAGAGCUGCAGGGCGUGUUAUGUCAUUGAAAACCAGCUGGCUGUAGAACGACCCAGUGCAUACCUUCCCGAGAUGAAGCUGUCAUCCUGACCCCAAGACUGGUCACAAUUGGACAAAGCCUCCCUGAUGAUCUGAUUUUUCUAGUCACAUGUUCCUUAUAUUCUUCAUUGUAUGAGUAUAAUUGGGUUUUUUUCUAUCAUUAGGGGUGAAAGGUGGAUUAAUAACACUAUAUUUCUAAAAUCACAUUCCUUCUGUAAUAGACUGU